CCAUUUAUUAAACCAGUCACAAAUCAGUUGCCGCGGCCAUCUUGUUUUCUUUUGUUCAUAUCUAUUUUUUGGAUCAAAAUUUAACAAUAAAAUUAAACUUUAAAUUUUUUUUGUUAUAAUUUUUGUUUGAUUAUUUAAAACAACAUUUGAAGCAACUUUGGAAUCAAAAUUUAAAUUUUAUAUUUUUUUUAUUAAAUGGCGUUUCUUCUGGGCAAUUUAAAAUAUCGAUCAUAAAAAAUCGAUAAGGUACUCAAUAUAUCAAAAUUUAGAGUGAUCUUUUUGCAAAUAUUCCAUAUGAAACGUCGACGAUUAAAAGAGCUUUUUCGUACACACUGACUGUUUUUUUUUGUUAUUUUUUUUUUGUGCUCUACCUAACUAUUUUUACAAUUUUUUACUUUAUGUUUGUUACUUAAAAUAAAAAUAAUUUCAAAAAAUUUAAGUACCUAGGUACCCAAGUGAACAAAAUAUUUUAAAAACAGUGUUUAACAUCAAACUACAGCCAAAAGACAAAUUUGAUAUUUCAAUAAGUGUUAUUAAAUAAUUUUAUUUCAAAAGUGGAACUAGCUUUCGUAUAAAAAAAUCUGGAAAUUAUUUACGUUUUUAAGAGAUAAAAAGAAAAGGUUUUUAACAAAACAAAUUUUUUACAUACAUAAUUUAAUUGAAGUAGUUGUUGAUUAGUUUCAAAUAUAAAUAUUAAAAAUGACAUCAGAAUUGGACCAAUUUGCGGAUCUUGAACUUUCUAAAGAAGAUCGUGAACAAAUUUUUGAUCCUCCAUCAGAUCGACCGACUCAGGAAACUUCUUCAAGCCUAUCAUCCAAAAUUUUAAUAAGCGGAAUACCGCGUCAAACGCGUUUCGAAGAUAUUGAGCCACUUUUAAAACAAUUCGGAACAGUGGAACAGUGUGAGGCCGUAACUAGUAAGGACCCGAAUACUCAAACUGUACAUAUAACUUUUUCAAAUCACGAGCAGGCACAAAGAGCGGCUAGUGGUUUAAAUGGUGUGGAGUUUGAAGGAAACAAAUUACACGCCGAAUCUCUAGAUAAACAACAACAAAAACGAGGUGGAACUGGAUCUGGUAACAGUAACCGCGGCGGAAGUAGUGCAACUAGAACACAAUACACCAAUAUGCCAGGUCCUGGAAGACAAGCAGAUUUUCCUUUGCGCUUGUUGGUGCAAAGUGAGAUGGUUGGAGCCAUAAUUGGUCGACAGGGAACUACGAUAAGAACCAUAACACAACAAAGCAGAGCACGAGUGGACGUUCAUCGAAAAGAUAACGUGGGAUCCUUAGAAAAAGCAAUUACGAUUUAUGGUAACCCUGAAAAUUGCACUAACGCCUGUAAACGAAUAUUAGAAGUAAUGCAACAAGAAGCUACUAACACAAACAAGGGGGAAAUAUGUUUAAAAAUUCUCGCUCAUAAUAAUUUAAUAGGACGAAUAAUUGGUAAAAGUGGAAAUACAAUUAAACGAAUAAUGCAAGAAACUGAUACCAAGAUUACCGUUAGUUCUAUUAAUGAUAUAAAUAGCUUUAACUUGGAACGUAUCAUUACUGUUAAAGGUACAAUUGACAAUAUGUCAAAAGCGGAGAGUCAAAUAAGCUCAAAAUUGCGUCAAAGCUAUGAAAAUGAUUUACAAGCAAUGGCACCACAAAGUUUAAUGUUUCCUGGCUUACAUCCAAUGGCUAUGAUGUCGACCCCGGGUAAUGGAAUGGUAUUUAAUCCUGGAAUGCCUGGUGGUUACCCACCUUGUCCAGGUUUUCCUAUUGCUAAGAAUCCUGCUACUAUAGUUCCUCCAGUCUUCCCAAAUGACAUGCAAGAAACAACUUUUCUGUAUAUUCCAAAUAACGCCGUAGGUGCUAUAAUAGGAACUAAGGGAUCACAUAUUCGUAACAUAAUGAGAUUUUCUGGAGCAUCCGUCAAAAUCGCGCCAUUAGAAGCUGAUAAGCCUCUUGAUCAACAGACAGAGCGAAAGGUAACCAUAGUUGGUACGCCUGAGGGCCAAUGGAAAGCUCAAUACAUGAUUUUCGAAAAAAUGAAGGAAGAAGGCUUUUUGUGCGGUACAGAUGACGUUCGACUAACAGUUGAAAUAUUGGUUGCUAGUUCGCAGGUUGGCAGAAUCAUUGGCAAAGGAGGACAAAAUGUAAGAGAAUUACAAAGAGUUACUGGGAGUCAAAUUAAACUUCCGGAACAUAACUCAUCUCCACCAGCUGAUGAAGAAACUACUGUUCAUAUUGUCGGUCCAUUUUAUAGCGUUCAAUCAGCUCAAAGAAGAAUUAGAGCUAUGAUGAUGUCAACAAACCCACCUCCAGUAACAAAAAAGCAAAAAGCUGCCAAAGAGCAAACCACUUCUUCCAGUGGAAGUGCGACACAAAGUCAACAAUCGCAACAACAGCAACAGUCCAGUUCCAGCCAAUAAGAAUGUUGUUUUCAUUUCCUUUGAUUUUAUAAUUUUAAAGCUAAAAUUCAAAACAUUAAUUUCGAAAUUAUAAUUACAUGCGAAAAACAACAUUCUUGAAAUAAUGUAAAACUUAAUUCAAAAUUAUAAAACGAAAAGUAAUACACGUUUAAGGUAUAUAAUAUAAUAACUUUAGCUCCUUUGAUAAAAUGUUAUAUUAAGUAUGCAAACAUAUAACCAAAUACAAAACUUUUGAAUAUUAUAUUUUAGAACGUUAAUGUAAUUCAAAAUAAUUUUUUAAAAUCAAGCGUAAUGUUUCUGUUUAUUUUUCGUGAUUACUGAAACGCAGUUUUCUAUUUAGUUGAUAUUUUUAUUGUAUUAUUGAAAUUUUUAAUUAUAAUAUUUUAAUAAUCAAAAAUAGGGAGAUAAUAAACAUAACGAAAAUUCAAAAAUAUAUUCAAUAACGAAAAUAUUUGAAUAAUUUUUGUUAUUUUAUCAUAUUUUAAAAAGUAAAAAAAAAAUCAUAUUUUCAAGAAAUUAAAACAAAUCUGCUCGUAAAUAUAUAUGAACAUGAAAAUUAGUUUUUCAUUGUGUCGAUUCUUGUUUGCCUCAAAUCUACGAACAGAAAACGCAUCGAAUUUUUUUUGUAUAGAUUUGAAUAGGUAUAAUCAAAUAUGAUAUUUUGAUUAUCAUUUUAAGUCAUUUCUUAAGUAAAAGCCUAAGUUCAUUGAAAUUAAAAAUGAAUUUCCUUUUAAUUUACAAUGAAUCAUUAAGUUAUCUUUUCUGUUUUUUUUUUAAUUUUAAAUUUGAGAAGAUUUGUUAACUCAAAUAAUUUUAUAUUUUUAUAGUAAUCAAUAAUUAAUUGUUAAAAAUUACUUAAAAUAGAAUCUGUUGUUAUAUUGUAAUUUAAUUUUUAUUUGUGAAUAAUCAUUUCAAAAUAGUACUGGUGGCAAAAGUCGACAUUUUUACAAUUUUAUAAUAAAUCAAAUUGCAGAAAAAACAAUAAUUAUACAUUAAAAUAAAUUUAAGACCAUGUAUAUUUUUCCUAUAGUAUUUAUUCUAUUCUAGUUAAUUUAUUAUAUUUUGAAAAUGUUUUGUCACGCAAAAGUUAAUUUUAGGUAGUAAUACAUAAAAAUUUUGAUUGAAAAUUAAUUGUUUUGUGCUAUUUCCACAAAUAAUAUAUAAUGGUUUCACAUCAUAUAUUUUUCCAAAAAUAUAUUGAUAUAUUACCAAAUACUUCUAUAAUUUUCUUGCUGUUUUAAAGAGCUCAGAUUAAAUUUUGUUUUUAAAUAAUCUCCAAAAGCAACAAAUUCUAAUUUCUGGUAAGAGAAAACUUUUAUAGCUGUAAGAAAAAAAAACAAAAAAUACCUCAGAAAGUGCAUUACUUGAUUAUAAAAUUUUAUUAACAUUAUGAAACGCAUUAAAUUUUAUUUUUUUUUUUUUUUGCUAUCUGUUUUAUGCAAUAUCUUUAUAAUACAAUCACUACAUUUCUCUCAUAAUGCAAAAGUAACAAAUUGAAAUUUAAGGUUGUUUUCAAUGGAUUUGAUUUUGAAAAAUGUAUAAUUGAAAACAUAUUUUGACAAAAAAUUACUACUUGAUAAAAAUAGCCAAAGGUGAAUUGAUGUUGUAUUAAAGAUUUAUUUUUUUUUCGAAGUAAAUAACUUUAAUCGUGCCAUAAAUUUUUUUAUUCACACAUGGAGGUGAGAUUAAUUCGCGUAUACUGUUUAUUUAUAAACUAGGACUUUCUCCUAUGCAACUUUAAGCAGCGUGCAUAAAUAAAUUUUUGAAACAUAUCAAAAUUGUACUAAUCAUAAUUAAGCUAAUUAUUAAUAAUAUUUCAAUUUUAUUUGAAUACAGUUUUUAAAUUAUCUAAUAAAAUAAAAUUCUCAAACAGAAAAUCGAAUGUAUUUUCAACAAAGGCAAAAUAAAGUUUAAGCAUUUUUUUUGCCAUCAAAAUUUUUUGGUGUUUAACUUAAAAACUAAUUUACUUUUAGGUAUGCCAGAAAAUCUAAUGCAGAAAAAUCUUAGCAUACUUAUUAGGGUAAUUAAAAUGCUUUUGAAGUAUCUCCUCCACAAUAUUUAUUAAUGAAACGCGCGUUAGAAAUAAUUUUUAAAACUAUAAAUUUAGAUAAUUUUUAAAUUUUAUUUUAUUUUAUUUUGUUCAACAACUACUUCAAGACACCAAUGAAUAUGUUACUAAAAAUCUUUUAGUCAAGACAUUCGCUUUGUAAAUAGAAUUUGUUAACGAAUUGCAUUAAGUGAUUAUAUUUUUAAUGAAAUACUUUCAAAGAUGUAAAACACAUUAUUUUUCUGCUUUUAUUUGUACUUCGAAGCUAAUCCAAAAAAUACGUUGAAAAAUUUAUUAAAAAUAAGCAGAUAAAAUAUUUAACUCAAAAUGUUAACUUAUUGAAUAUUUAUUAAAAAUAUUAUUUGUUUAUAUAAAAAUUAAAAGGUUUUGAUAAUAUAAAUAUAGAUUAUGGAAUUCUUCGAGAAUUUAAAGAGAAUGUUUAAUAAAAAUGUAAUUUGUAAUUCAUUUUAAAAAAAAUUUGGUAUAUAAAUAAAUUUAACUAACAAAAUUUAUUUAGGGGGUAAAAAAUGCUGUUAUUUUAAGAAUGUAAUUAAAUGUGUAUUUAAAGAUUUAUUUAUCUGUACUAAAAUUUAAGAAAUUAUGAAUAAAAAUGACGGUUGCAAAAUAUUAAAAAGCGAACAGAUAUUUUGUUACAUCAUUUCCUAUGUUUAUAAGAACAACAAACAUUUUUUUUUAUAUAUAAGAAUUAAGAUAACUUAUAAAGUUUUGGCGGUUGUCUCAUACAAAGUAACUAUUUAUAUAAGUUUAUUGCAUUUUCAAUUUUUUUAUUUGCAUUUAGUUUAUAAAAGUUUCACUAGAUUCGUUUAACUUAUGUAAAAAUAAUUUCCAAGAUAAUAUUGAUUGCAAAGCUUUAGCGGCGCUGGAAAAACUGGUAGAAUUGUAAGAAUCAUUGCAAAAUAAUUAACCAAAACUAUUAAAUAAAAUAUUUCACAGCAGUUAAGUCGCUACAGUCGAUGAUCAGAGGAAAUUUGCAAAUGAAAAAACUAUUAUUUUUAAGAAACCUGGUGUUAUUUAGCAAAAUAAGUGAAAAAAAUAAAUUAUAUAAGUGCGGCUUUGUGAAACUCAAAUCUUAAAAAUUCCACCUUAACCAAUUUAACAUUCGUUUUGAUCUGAUUUAAAAAUAUUCGAUUUUUAUUGUUCCCCUCUCCGAAAAUUAUUAAAUUUUUGUAUAAUUUCUUUCAUUCUUCACUGAAAUUUUCACAUUCAUACAAACAUAUAAUGCAAAAUAAUUUGUACAUACAAUACAACUCAUGUCUUAUAUAUGCAUACAUAUUUCGAAUAUGGGGCAAAAUUAAAGUCAAUUAAAACCGAAAAAAACUCUUAACGGAAAUUUUAGAUUGUAUUUGGUAUAUUGGAUUUAUUCGAAGUAUUGGAUCACCAAAUGGUAGUGAUAUUUAUCGUAAAAAUCCGAUAUAGUUAUUAUAAACACAAGUAAAUUCUUACUGUCAUCAAUUCAUCGUGUCUAUAAUAAGAUUUUUGAAAUUGUUACGAUAAAUAUUACCAUCACUUAGUGAUUAGAUGCUCAGAAUAAGUCUCAUUUACUCGUAGCUACAAUAUAUUUAAUUUUAAAUACAUAUAUCAGUUAUUGUUGUGCAUUGUCAAUUGUAAAACAUACAUAUAUUUCUUGAUCAAUAACUAUCUAAUUUAAUAGUGUAUAUUCUUUGAUUUGAUAAAUGAAAAGGUUAAAAUUAGUGAAAGAAAAGCACAGCAAAGGACAUGUAUAAUGGUUAUCGAAAAUUAUGCCCACAAAUUAUAAUGAUUUUAAAUAUUUAACACCAGACAUCGGGAUUUGUAUUUUAAAUUAGUUUUCAAACUUUAUUUUAUAGCUUUAUUUUCUUCCCAAAUAUAUUAGUUUUUAUUAGAUUUUAAUUUCGGUUUUCCUUAAUUUAAUUUUUUAAAAGAUUUUUUAAUUUUCGACGGUACUUAUAAAUUAUAAUUACAUUUGCUUAAUUGCGAAACCACUUUUUUUUGCUUAAGUAUUAUACUAUAAAAAUAAAAAACGAAUUUGAAGUAUGAGAUUUUAUUCGAGAUUGCAAGUGAAAAUUAAAAUUUACGAAUAAAAUUAUGUAGAGAUGAUAUUGAAACGUACAAAGAAAGUACAAAGAAAGAAUUAUUUAUUUAACAAAAGUUACAUAUUUUUACAAGAUUUUUAUAUAAAAAACAAAAAAAAAAAAAAAAAAAAAAAAAGAGCAAAAAAAAUUAAAAACUUUUUUUUUAAUAAAAAUGCAACAUCUAAUAAGAGAACUUACAAAUAGAUAACGAAACUCGGAGUAUUACAUACAAAAAUCCUUAUCAACCACAGAUAUGUAGCAUUGAAAUAAUAUUUGUAAAGAUAUAUUAAGCUGGAUACAAUAUGUUUAUGCAAACUUACACACAUCUAACCAGUAAAUAAAGUUGUAGGUAUUCUCGAAGUUGUCGUACUCGAUAUACUUUCCUUUUUAUUUAAUUGUAAAUUGCUUUAUGCUUAUUUACGUCAAAGUUUAAAAAAAAAAUCCUUAAAAUCAAUGAAACUGAAUUUUCGUUUUUAAUAAAAAUAUCAGUUUUCAUUUUUACUAAACAAUUUAAGUACUUAUAUUUUCUUAAAAAUUAUUGAAAACAAAACCAUUUUAAAAAAAAUGAUAAGAGUCAGAUCCACUAUGUAAAUCUUAUAGAUGAAAAAGCAAAACCCCCCAAAAAUAUUCAAAUUAUAACAAAUUACCAUAUUAUAUACCAGAAAAAAACCAUAAAAUAUGAAAUAUAUUAUUCAAUAAAAGAAAUAAAAUUUUUGUAAAUUAAUACUUUUAGCUAUAUAAAAAUAAGAGUUGAAAUGAACUUUCUAAAGAUAUAAUAUUAAGUUAAAUACAUAGAAAUAUAGAAAUUAAAUAUUAAACACAGAAAAAAAAGUAAAUUGAAAAUCAUUUUGAGGCGUUAUUUUCCCAAAGUAAUUAAAAAUCACUGCCGACAAAAAUCAACAGCGAAAUGGAAUAUAAACAUACAUUCAUACAUACAAACAUAAAUUGAAACGCCUUUUGUAAAGGAAGAAUUUUUCUAAUACUUAAAAUGCAAUUUGAAACUGAAAUAUGUACAUAUGUAUGUAUAUAUUUCGGAGGUUUUUAUACAUAAUAAAUGAUGUAUGAAUAAUAAUUAUUUGUAUAUAUACAAAUACAUAUUUAUUAUUUAUACAUCAUAUGAGUAUGUAAUAGAAACACACAUAUAUACAUACAUAUAUUUUUUUUUAAAAAAUAAAUGACUUCCAUAUUGUUAAAAAAAAUUUGUUAAAAUGUAUUUUAAUUCUCUUUAAAUUUUUCAUAACCGAAAACUUCAAAAAUUUACUCAUGAUCUGUAAUAUGCUCUGUAAUAUUUCAUUUACAUGAGAAAGAUAUUUCAUUUACAUAAAAAAAUAAUACCUAUAAGAAAAUUUGUAAAAAGUAUCCAAAAAUUUCUUUGAAAAAUUUUGCGCUUUGCUCAAAAGUUUUUAAUCUUAAUCAUAGCCCAUAUUUAUUUUGCAAUAUAUACGUCAUAUACACACAUAUUUUGCUAUAUGGUAUACGUAUGUCAUAAAAUUUAUGAAAAGCAUCAAUAAUUUCUUGGAAAAAUUUUCUGCUAUUUUGUGCAUAGCUGGAGCUUCUAAGGAAUGUGAAAAGUGCUACAAAGUCAAUACAAUAUAAAAUUUUAUAGAAAAUUACAGCUUGGUAUUAUAGUUUUGACUUUAAGAAAAUAUAAUUUUCUUUAUAUUUGGCUUUAUAAGCUUGAAGUUUGUGUUACAAUGUGGAAGUCAGAGAUAGUUAAAAAACUUGUUACACUUGGCUUUAGAUUGAUUUUUCUUUAUUGUAUACAAAUAUUGUAAGUCACUUAUAUAUAAGUUUACAACACAAUUGAAAUCAUUUAUUUAAAUAUUAUUGAAUCUUUUAUAAAAUAGUCUGUGUGAUGUUGCUUAAUUUUUUUUUAUUUCUGUGUAAUAUCUUAUAAUAUUUGACAAAAAAUUUAACGUUAAGUUUUACUACUAUAUUAAAAAAUUAUUUAGAAAAUUAUGUGAAAAUUAACAUUAAUUUAAUUUGAAGUAAUCAGGAUAUAUAGAAAUAUAAGGAAUAAAAAAUUAACUUAAAUUAAAUAUUUUGGUUAAGAAAACUUUUAUGUAAAAAACAAUAAUUUAUUUUUAAACACAAACAAAAAAAGGAAAUAAAAAAAACGACACAGAUCCUCAUAAGUCAAACAAAAAAAAAAUUAAAAAAUGCAGAUGCAUUGCGAAAUUUGCAGAUCUAUUAAAAAUAAUUAUAAACAAAAACUACCUCAAAACAAAUAUAUUUAUAUUAUUAAUUAUACAUUAUUAAACAAGAGAAGGCGGGGAAAAAGAUUUUAGAUUACGGUUUUAAAUAAAUAAAACCAAAAAUUACAAAAAAGAAAUGAAAUGUAUGUUAACAAAUACACACAAUUUAUACCAAUAGUUAUUCAAAAAUAAACUAUAAAAAUGUAUUUAUUUACACCAUGAAUAAUAUUAUGUAUUUAUUAAUAUGCGUGUGUGUAUAUUCAUAAUAUAUAGUUAUUUUUUUGUAUGUUGUAUAUGACCGUAGGAUUUUAACUCAACUUUUGCAUUUGUAUAUACAGUAAACACAUCUAACUAAUUGUUUGUGAAAAUUUAACUAUUUCGCAAGGUUACUUUUGGCAAAUACAUGUAAACCUGUCAAAUGUUUGCCUAAGUUUAAAAUUAGAACUGUCUAAUUACGAAAGCAUUAGAAAUAUCAUAUAUGUAUGUAUAUAUACAUACAUGCUUCGUUGAAGAAAAUAAUUUUUUUUCAUUCAUAAAAAAAUGUAUGUAUGCCUUGGGAUUAAAAAGAAAGAAAUAUUUUGUAUGAAAAAACAAGCAAAAGUAUUUUUUUUAUUAAUAAAUAAAUAGAGCGUUGAAUAUCAAAGGUAAAAUAAAACUGACAUUAUAAAUUUUCGGUUGAAAAUAGUUUAAAAUCAGUUCUAUUUAGUUCUUCAUAUUUUUGGUUGGACAAAUACAUAUAUAUUUAUAUAUAUAGAUAUAUAUAUGUAUAUAUAAAUGUAAUAAUAUAUAUAUAUAUAUGUGGGUGUAUGUGGGUGUGCAUGUAACCUUGGCAUAACAAAAAUGCAGAUCUGUUCAUUAAGGGAGGAUUAGAAAGGUUAUUUUUGGCAACGAGUUUGGAAUUUUUGUUACGUAAAUAUGUAGGUAUAUGGGUGAAGAUAAAUAGUAUAUUACAAUAAUACAUGACACAAUCUUUGAUUGCUGUAUACAUUUCUGCAAAAGAGUUAUCAACGCAUCAAAAUAACAAUAAAAUUUAAACAAUCAGUUCGAUAGAAAUACGCACACACAUAUGUAUAAAUAUAAAAGUAUAUUUAAGUUAAAAAGUUUACUCUCAAAAAAAAUAACAGAAAAUUGUAUUUGUAAUAGAUUUAGAUGCAGAAUUAUUAAAAUUUACCACAAAAGUUUAUAAUAUAUAAGCAAAAAAAUUAAUAUACAUAUAACAAAAGAAAAAUUUUAAUAUAACAAUCCAUUCAGUAUACAAUAUUCAAUUUGAAAUCAAAAUAAUCAUCGUAAUUGUUUUGGAUAGAAAUAAUUAGAACUACAUAUUUUAAUAUUGUAUUUAACUAUAAAUUUACUUGCUUUUAAUUUUUCUAAAUGUGUAUUCAGUACCGAAUU